AUGCUAACCCACGUCACUCUUCUCCACAAUAACAAUCCUACACACGUCUAUUCAUAUACACUUUCCUAUUACACGCCCGCUGCGAACUCAUCGCUCCAUGACCCCACACAAUUGAUCCUCGUGAGUUCGUGCGACUCAGUGCUCGGCCUCUCUGCAACUCUCACUGUGCCAUAUCUUCCCACACUCUUCGGCUGCACCCAUCUUUACUCAUCUAUACUCUACUUUCACGCCAUAUCUCCACUUCUACAUCUCUAUAGUGCCAUAUCUCCCACACUUACCUCUAGAUACUUAAGUGCAUAUCUCCCACUAACUCUUACCCACCUCUCAGUGCCAUCUCCCAUACUCUCGGUGCCAUCUCCACACUCUCUCGGUGCCAUCUCCACCUCUCGUCAUCUCCACACUCUCAGUGCCAUCUCCACACCUCAGUGCCAUCUCCCACUUCUCCAUCCCCACACUCUCAGUGCAUCUCCCAUCUCAGUGUCAUCCACACUCUCGGUGCCAUCUCCACACUCAUCGUGCACAUCUCCACACUCUCGGUUGCAAUCUGCCACACUCUCGGUGCCAUCUCCACACUCUCGUGCCAUCUCUCUCACAUCUCCCAACUUCGGUGCAUCUCCACACUCUCGGUGCCAUUCCCAUACCCUCAGUGUCAUCUCUCCCACUCUCAUGCCAUCUCCCACUCUCAGUGCAUCUCCAGUGCCAUCUCCACACUCUCAUGCCACUCUCAGUGCCAUCUCCCACUCUCAGUGCCAUCUACACACUCUCUGCAGUGUCCAUUCUCCACACUCUCGGUGCCAAUCCACACUCUCAGUGCCAUCUCCCACACUCUCGGUGCCAUCUCCCACAUCUCAGUGCAUCUCCACAUCUCGUGCCAUCUCCAAACUCUCAGUGUCAUCUCCCACACUCUCGUGCCAUCUCCCACCUCUCAGUGCCAUCUCCCACAUCUCAGUGUCAUCUCCCACACAUCUCCCACACUCUCAUGACAUCAGUUCUCCCACACUCUCAGUGCCAUCUCCCACACUCUCAAGUGCCAUCUCCACACUCUCAGUGGCCAUCUCCACAUCUCGGUGCCAUCUCCCCACUCUUCAGAUGAUCAUCUCCGCACACUCUCAGUGCCUCUCCCACACUCCUCGGUUGCCAAUCUCACACUCUAAAGUGUCAUCCUCACACACUCUUAGUGCCAUCUCCACACUUCUUUCAGUGGCAUCUUCCCCACAAUACUCGGUUGGCCAUCUCACAAAUCUCAGUGCCAUCUCCCCCAAAUCUCGGUGCCACGUCCACACUCUCUGUGCCAUCUCCCCACACUGCUCGGCUGGCCACUCCCAACACUCAUCCGGUGCAUUCUCCAACACUCUGGCCAUCCACACCUAUGCUACUCUCCGCACAUCUUCUUUUCUCGUGCCCAGUCUCCCACUCUCGGUGCCAUCUAACACACUACUCAGUGCCAUCUCCCACACUCUCGGUGCCAUCUCCCACACUUCUCGGUGCAUCUCCCACACAGUUGCGGUGCAUCUCCCAUCUCAUGCCAUUCUCCCACACUCUCAGUGCUCUCCACAGCUCUCAGUACCAUGCUCCCACACUCAUCAGUGCCAUCUCCCCGACCCUCAAGGUGCAUCUAUCCGACACUCAUCCAGUGCACCUCCACAGCUCGUCAGUGCCAUCUCCCACGCUCUCUGGUCGCCGAGUCUGCCACACACUUCAGUGCCAUCUCCCACAUCUUCAGUAGCCGAUCGUCCAGCCACACGCUCGAAGUGCCAUCUCCCACACACUCAGUGGGCCAUCUCGCCAACUCUCGGUGCCAAUCUUCCCACACACUGCCUGCAGUGCCAUCCUUCCCGCAUCUCUCGAGUGCCAUCCUCGCCACACUCUCGGUGCACCUCGCACACUCUCAGUGCCAUCUCCCAGGGCACUCGUCAGUGCCAUCUCUCCGCACAUCCAUAUGACACUCUCAGUGCCAUCUCUCCACUGCUCUGGUGCCACUCCACACUCUUCAGGUGCAUCUCCCCACUCUCGGUGCAUCUCCACACUCUCAGUGCCAGCUGCCCAAACACUCAGAUGCCAUCUCCCACACUGCGGCUCAAAGAUGCCAUCUCGCACACUCUCGGUGCCUUAUCUCCCACAAUCUCGGAGUGCAUCUCCACACACUCUCAGUGCAUUCUCAAUCUCUUCUCAGUGCCAGUCCAUCCCACAACUCAGUGCCGAUCUCCCUCGACUCUCGUGCAUCUCCCCUCACUCUCAGUGGGCCAUCUCCCAACUCUAGUGUGCCAUGCUCCCACACUGUCAGUGCCAUCUCCACACUCUCAGUGCCUUCUCCCACACUCUCAGUGCCAUCCUCCGCACGAACUUCUCAUCGUGCCAACUCAUCCACAGCUCUCAGGUGCAAUCUCCCCAGCUGCUCUGGUGCCAUCGCUCCCAUUCACGUCUCAUUGCCAUAGUCCCACACAUCUCAGUGCCUCACUCCCGCACACUCUCGGUGGCCAUCUCACACAUGCUCAGUGUCAUUCCCACACUACUGCAGUGGGCGACUCAUCAGCACUCUUCAAGUUGCAUCUCGCCGACUCACUUCUCAGUGCCACGUGCCCAUGA